AUGGGCCCCUAUAUAUACCGCCUCCUCAUGCUGCUGCCAGGCCCCUAAUCUGCCAUGGGCCCCUAUAUACCGCCUCCUCAUGCUGCUGCCAGGCCCCUAAUCUGCCAUGGGCCCCUAUACCGCCUCCUCAUGCUGCUGCCAGUCCAUGUCUGUCAUGGGUCCCUGUACGGCCUCCCAUUGCUGCUGUCUCCAUCGCCACACUCUGCCAUGUGCCACUUUCAGGUCUCCUCACACACUGCUGGUGUGUUGAAUUUUUUGACAUAGGGUGCUGGCAGAUUACGGGCCUCCCAUAGCUGCUGCCAGGCCCCUAAUCUGCCAUGGGCCCCUAUAUACCGCCUCCUCAUGCUGCUGCCAAGUCCAGAGUCUGUCAUGGGUCCCUGUACGGCCUCCCAUUGCUGCUGUCUCCAUCGCCACACUCUGCCAUGUGCCACUUUCAGGUCUCCUCACACACUGCUGGUGUGUUGAAUUUUUUGACAUAGGGUGCUG